UCGGAAUCCAUUGACCGGGCAUGUUUUACAUUUGUUUCUACCACAGUACGGAGUAGUGGACACGAGAUCAGGCCUCGGGAGCCGCAGAUUGAGUUGAAACGGUCCUGACCAUCUUAAGACCCUGGCGCCUCCAGACCCUCCAGGUCACUAGAACCACCCCCACUGGCCCCUUGCCUGUCAGAGCUUCCCUAGCGUCCCAGCGACAGGCUGCCACUGGAAACCCCAGCAACCGCCCCCAGCCCCUUGCACGCCUGCCGUGGGCGUACUAAGAUCCAAGCUGCGCAAGCUGAGGGAGGCUUAGAACGAUUGGGGCUACCUGUACAUUUGCCUACCUGAUGACAGACGGGCAAGGUUUCGAACUUUUUGCCAACAACACAUCCCACAGCACGCAUUACCUGCAUCUCGCUACAGGUCCCGUUACCAUAGACCCGAGCAUCAGCAAUCCCGAACAACACGAGACUACGGCUACACGACCUGCCAUCGAUUGACGUAUCCGUGAAGACUUAGCCAGAGCCAACCGCGGGCGCGACUCAGCUCUCUCUCUCUAUCUCUCCGCACACGCAGCUUCCAACUUCCUCCCCCUGCUGCCAGCCAGCAACAUAUCCAGAUCAGACCACGCGACCCACGAACACACAGGACCGAGCAGGCCAGGCUCCUGUGCUUACGAGAAACGACAAGAUGACGUUGAAGGAGGAAUUCGCAACGAGGAACUUCAGCAUCUACGGGCAAUGGCUCGGUGUGCUGUCGAUAAUCCUCGGCUUUGCGCUCGGUAUUGCCAACAUCUUCACGUUUAACGUCUUCAUCAUCAUCUUCUGCGCUCUGUUACUUGCAUCCGUCCUCAUCAUCAUCUUCAUCGAGAUCCCACUGCUGCUCCGCAUCUGCCCCACGUCGAGCACCUUCGAUGGCUACGUGCGCAUGAUCUCGACCAACUACGCGCGCGCGGGCGCCUACGGCGUCAUGGCCCUGAUCCAGUGGCUCAGCAUCAUCGCGCGCCCCACCUCCCUCAUCGCAGAGGCCAUCGUCCUCUCCUUCACCGCCCUCUGCUACCUCGCCGCGGGCAUCAAGGGCCAGGCCUUUGUCGGCUCCAAGACCCUGGGCGGCGCGGGUGUUGCCCAGAUGAUCGUAUGAUCGUGCUUGCCCUGGGGAAGACGGGCGGGCGAGCGAACGAAGCGAACGAACGCCUUGUUUUCUGGGUCUAGGCCUCUUGCGACAACGGUCUGCUGUGAGCAUUGUAGGCCGUGGUGGAGGACGGAGGAUGUCGGGCUUUGGGUACUUGGGGGCAUCUAGUCUGAGAUAGUCGAGGAAGAGGGAGGCGAGAACAGGAAAAUCAUUCAUGCUAUUCGGGGAAGAAGAGAGACGGGUAAAUGAGCUGCCGGGCGUGUCCUGGACGGGCCCCUCAAACAUUGCGAGCAAUUGGUCAACCUGCUCCAGUUCGGAGUAUGGCGUCUAUUGGGCUCUUGUUUUCUUCUUGCUUAUUCAUUCUUAUGUUGCGGCCCAGAUUCGAUGGGUUUAUCCUGUCUACUCUGCGAGGAGGGUUUGUCGUGGCUUAUGCAUUGUACAGUGACCUGGUACGAUCAGACAGACUACUGUGUUUGGCGGCCGUUGUUGGUCUUAGGCCCUAUGAUUGUUCUUAGCUGCGGGUGCCUGUGGAUAGAGUCAAAGUGCGUCCUGCCAGUCUGGCGCAUCAAUGCGAUAGGUUGAGAAUGGCUAUAGCUCUGAAGUGUGUUCAGACUGACUGCACGCCCACCGCGAAAUAUGAACCCUUGAUAUUUGUAGGGCCGCUCCAGCACGUGGGAGAUGACUCGAUAUAUUAACAACUUGCUUUUGACAGGUCUCUUCAGAAACAGCAUCGGCGCCCCUGGGUCUCCACGUCCAGGUCCCCAGCCCACGAUUUAUUAAGCACUUUACAUGAACCUGCUGAUAGGGGACCAAUCCACUCCGACCAUAGACGGCCGGGACGCAUGGCUAGAAGGAUAACUCGAGACGGGUCCGGGCCCGUAGCGGGCAGAGGCCGGAUUUCCCACCUGCACUACUACUCAUGCGGGCUUCCGUGCCGGGGGGAACAUUUGGUCCGGGGGCAAGAGGCAUGUGAGUGGUAAUGAGCCUAGCCUCCUCGAUUUCGGUUCCCAGCGAACCGAUUGCCAAUGGAUGCAUCCUGUGUGUUAUAACCUGGGCGGACGGCACUGUCGAGGCAUGACGCCAUCCUGCGGCAAUCCUGUUGCAAUGGCCUGUGUGAGAGAGCGAUGCGUAGGGCUGUCCGGCUGUCCGCCCCCCUUACGUAAAAAGACGGACGGACGGGAGGGCGCUGAGGUAGAGUAGUUCUCUAGCAAUGAUCUGAAAUAACCUGGAGGUGUCUACCUAUGUGCUACCAUGUCUAGAACGGUCUGUCGCCCCCGAACGUG